AUGCAGCUUCAGCCCUGGAGACACUGCUUUCGUCGUGGAGGCCUGGUACACCUCUCCUGCCCGAGUCUUCCUCGCUUCGCUUGUGGAACGGCUUUGACAGAGUCGACUCCACCCUCCUGGUGGCUGAAGGGCCGACCUCGGAAUGUCUUUAGAAGCAGGGCGGAGGUGGAACUUCUCUCGCAGCUGGCAGUGCUGCUGAUGCCGAGUGAGCCUAUUGUCGAGGCUUUCCGCGAUUUUCCUGUGAAAAGAUGCAAGGAGUGGGGUUGCAGCAGCCUUUGCCCAGAUUUUGCAGCACACGGUGUGCUGAAAGUCGCUGACGCUGCACUGUUUAUUGAGUACGAUGGCUACUAUCGUCACCUGGAGCCACCGGGCCUGGCCAGGGACAUGCGAAAGACGCGUGCGCUGCUGAGGUUCGCUCCUGCGGGAUCUGUCGUACUGCGUAUCGCGCACAAGGAGCGAAAGUGGAAGGACGACUCCCUGCAAGUGUUGGUGGACUGUUGGCAGUCCGAGAAUGUGCCCGCCCUCCGCAGAACGCUACAGCAAGUCGCGGAUUCCAUGUUGCAGCAUUGUCGAGAUGAGCUGGUGUCGGGUCUCGUUUCACAGCUGGAGGCCUGCGCCCCAGCGAAGCUUAACGAGCACGCACGAACCUUUGCGGCGGGCGCAGGGCUGGUGGGCACUGCGUCUAGGAGCAACAGGUUAGAAGUGCAAGGCUUUCUCCAGGAGGAAAUGCGCCUGACCACAGGCCAAGUUGCCAAGAUGAUUGCGAGGAAUCCAGCAGUGCUAGGCUACAGCAUUGAUGCAAAUCUGAAGCCAACAGUCGAAUGGAUCAAGGGUUUGGGGCUGAGCCAGGCGCAGGUUACCAAAAUGAUUGCGGCAUUUCCUGCAGUGCUGGGCUGCAGCAUUGAUGCGAAUCUGAAGCCAACAGUCGAAUGGAUCAAGGGUUUGGGGCUGAGCCAGGCGCAGGUUGCCAAGAUGAUUGCGGCAUUUCCUGCACCCACAGUCGAAUGGAUCACGGGCUUGGGUCUGAGCCAGGCGCAGGUUGCCAAGAUGAUUGCGAAGAAUCCAGCAGUGCUAGGCUACAGCAUUGAUGCAAAUCUGAAGCCAACAGUCGAAUGGAUCAAGGGUUUGGGGCUGAGCCAGGCGCAGGUUACCAAAAUGAUUGCGGCAUUUCCUGCAGUGCUGGGCUGCAGCAUUGAUGCGAAUCUGAAGCCAACAGUCGAAUGGAUCAAGGGUUUGGGGCUGAGCCAGGCGCAGGUUGCCAAGAUGAUUGCGGCAUUUCCUGCAGUGCUGGGCUGCAGCAUUGAUGCGAAUCUGAAGCCAACAGUCGAAUGGAUCAAGGGCUUGGGCCUGAGCCAGGAGCAGGUUGCCAAAAUGAUUGCGGUAUGUCCUGCAGUGCUGGGCUACAGUAUUGAUGCAAAUCUGAAGCCCACAGUCGAAUGGAUCACGGGCUUGGGUCUGAGCCAGGCGCGGGUUGCCAAGAUGAUUGCGAGAAAUCCACCACUGCUUGGCUUGAGCAUUGAUGCAAAUCUGAAGCCCACAGUCGAAUGGCUCACGGGCUUGGGUCUGAGCCAGGCGCAGGUUGCCAAGAUGAUUGCGAAGAAUCCAGCACCAACAGUCGAAUGGAUCAAGGGUUUGGGGCUGAGCCAGGCGCAGGUUACCAAAAUGAUUGCGGCAUUUCCUGCAAUGCUGGGCUGCAGCAUUGAUGCGAAUCUGAAGCCAACAGUCGAAUGGAUCAAGGGUUUGGGGCUGAGCCAGGCACAGGUUGCCAAGAUGAUUUCGUCAUUUCCGCAAGUGCUCGGCUUGAGCAUUGCGGCAAACCUAGCCUUAAAAUUCGCGUUGCUGCAACAGUUCUUUGCGCGGGCGGCCGCAGCAGAGCUUGUAGCGAGAACCCCGCGGCUUUGGGGCUAUCGGCACACUCGGCUUGAACAUCGUCUGGAUGUCCUAAAGUCUCAAGGUCAGCUUUGCAAGCUUGCCGGCGCCAUGACUUUGGGUUUGGAUGCCUUCAACCGCAGAUUCCCAAGUUCACGGCUGCCGACACAGCUGAAAACAGCUUGGCUUCGACAGGAUGUGAAAGCACUCGGGGUCUUGUCUGCGGAUGUCCGGAGCGAGCUCCAGUUCGAGCUCUGCCAGCCAUACUUGAUGCGCAACGGAUUCUACAGAGUGUGCCAGCAUGUGGAGCCGAGCGUUCUGAAGUCCAUUAUGGUCGAAUGCAUCAACUUCACCUUCUACCGGGCAGGCGAAGCUGCCUUCGAAGCAGGACAGACUGCAAAGAGUGCCUUCUUCAUCGAGCGAGGCACCCUGGAGUACCAGCAAAACCGCAAGACCUCGAAGGUGAAACGCAAGCUGAGAGUUGGGGCGCACAACGAGAUCAUCAUUGCGGAAGCUGCCUUAUGGACCUUCUGGGAUUAUGUGGGGACGCUGACGGCGCCAAACCCGGCAUCGAUGCUGAAGCUGGAUGUAGAGAAGCACACCAAGAUCAUCUCCGAGUCGGAGCUCAUGGGCGAGUUUGCGGCAGAGCUGGCUUUGCAUUUCAGGCCGGUUGCCUGGAGUUUGGCAGGUUUAGGGUGCUAG